AAGGAACCAGUAAUCGCGCUCUCUACAUUUUGGUAUAUCUUUGUGCUAACGUGCGCGAUUGAGUGAUCAACGCCUCAUCAGAAAAGAAAGGCCAACAGUGGUGCAUUUUAGCGACCCACCAUAGUCGGAGCAGAGCUUUUUGUAUUGUAGGUUGAGAAUUCAUCAAGGAAGAAGGAAUGUCUCCUAAUUUGUAAAUUCGCUGAAAAGAAGAAGAAGAAGAAGAAGAAAAAAAAAACCAAAACAAACAACAAAUAACAACCAUCUCUCUCAUUCUCUCUGAAAUCUCCAUGGCCUUUCAUUCCUGAGCUCUUUGGAGAUCUCUUUAUCUCCCCUUGACUCUCUGUGUCUUUCUAUUCCGUGAUCUGGUUCAUUUUUUUUUUCUACUCGUCGAUUUUUCCAUGGCUGCUCCACCUGCGAGGGCUCGAGCGGAUUACGAUUACCUCAUAAAGCUUCUAUUGAUCGGCGACAGUGGGGUGGGCAAGAGUUGCCUUCUUUUACGUUUCUCAGAUGGUUCCUUCACUACUAGUUUUAUCACCACCAUUGGUAUUGAUUUCAAGAUAAGAACUAUUGAGCUUGAUGGCAAAAGAAUUAAGCUUCAAAUUUGGGAUACCGCUGGUCAGGAACGGUUCCGAACAAUUACAACAGCUUACUAUCGUGGAGCAAUGGGUAUUUUGCUAGUUUAUGAUGUUACUGAUGAAUCAUCUUUCAACAACAUCAGGAAUUGGAUUCGCAACAUUGAACAGCAUGCUUCUGAUAAUGUUAACAAGAUAUUGGUGGGGAACAAGGCUGACAUGGAUGAAAGCAAAAGGGCUGUCCCCACAUCUAAGGGCCAAGCACUUGCUGAUGAGUACGGUAUCAAGUUCUUUGAAACUAGUGCGAAGACAAAUCUAAAUGUCGAGGAAGUUUUCUUUUCAAUAGCAAGGGAUAUAAAGCAAAGGCUUGCUGAUAUGGACUCGAGGGCUGAGCCAACAACAAUUAAGAUUAAUCAACCAGGCCAGGCAGGGGGGGCUGGUGAAGCUGCCCAAAAAUCAGCUUGCUGCGGAUCAUAAGAUCAAAUUAAUUUUUAGCGGGCAUUAAUUGCAGGUGACACUUAUGUCUGAAAAAAGAAGGAAAAGUACAAAAAACUAGUUCUGAUGACAGGAUGAUGGGUGUUUGUAAUUUUUUUUUUCUUUUGUCAUUCUUUUUGAAUCUUGUUUUAGUGGGUAAGGUAGCUUAUUGUUAUAGAUUACAUUUUGUGGUAAAGAAUUGUGCAUCUUGUGGCACACUUCUUUUCCCCUUCUUCGGUGUCUGAUUUCUUCUUUCUUUGUGACGUACUGGAGACCUUGUUAGAGUUUCUUUGUAAUGUAGAAAGACAAUUAUAAAUGGCUUUUUAAGUAGAAUAUUUAAAAAAUUGCACUGUAGAAAA